AUGCGAUGGAACAAGAAGAACGUUAUCGAUCUCGUCUCCAAGUCCAAUCAUCUUCCGGCGCCUCUUAACCCACCGGCACCGGAGAUUUACCGGUUACCUCAUCCUCCGCCGCAGAUUCCGAAAGUUUCGAUUCCUCCGACUCUCACUCUCACUCCAACUUCUCGACACUCAAAUUUCGUCAAUUUCCUCGAAAACAACCUCCCUCACCACCAAACCCUAUCUCCGCAAUCUCUCAUCGGAUUCCUCCGCUCCAAGCUCCGUCACCACCCGCUCUUCGCUCAUUACGACUUCGCCGUCUUCAAUUGGGCCGCGACGCUCGACACAUUCCGCCAUGAUCACGAAUCGUUCCUCUGGAUGUCGAGAUCACUCGCCGCCACGCACCGUUUCGACGAUCUCCACCGUCUCCUCUCUUUCAUCGCCGCGAAUCCGUGCCCUUGCUCCUCAGGUAUCUUCUCUUGCCCACACCUCGAACCCAUUUUCCGAUCCGCCGUUGAUUCAUGCUGUAGAGCUGGGAAAAUGGAUUAUGCACUGUUAGCUUUCGAUACAAUGAAGAGAUUGAUCGAUGGCAAACCAAAUGUUACCGUUUACAACACUCUCAUGAAUGGUUAUGUGAAAUCUGGAGAUAUGGAGAAGGCUUUAUGGUUUUACAAGAGGAUGGGGAAGGCGAGAGCAAAGCCAGAUGUAUGCACAUUCAACAUCCUCAUCAAUGGUUACUGCAGGAGCUCUAAAUUCGAUUUGGCUUUGGAUUUGUUCAGGGAGAUGAAGGAGAAAGGUUGUGAACCGAAUGUGAUUAGCUUCAACACUCUGAUAAGAGGGUUCUUGGGGAAAGGUGAGAUCGAGGAAGGUGUGAGAAUGGCUUAUGAGAUGAUUGAGAUGGGUUGUAGAUUCUCUGAAGCUACUUGCGAGAUUCUUGUUGAUGGUUUGUGUAGAGAAGGUCGUGUUGAUGAUGCUUGUGGAUUGGUGAUUGAUCUCUCGAGGAAGAAGGUUUUACCUUCGGGUUUCGAUUAUGGUGGUUUGGUUGAGAGACUCUGCGGAGAGAACAAGGCGGAGAGAGCGGUGGAGAUGAUGGAGGAGCUGUGGAAGAACGGUGAAACUCCGUGUUUGAUUGCGUGUACUGCGCUUGUGGAAGGGUUGAGGAAAUCAGGAAGAAUAGAGGAAGCUUUAGGGUUUGUGGAGAAGAUGAUGAAUGCAGGAAUCGUUCCGGAUAGUGUGACGUUUAACUUGCUUCUUCGAGAUCUCUGUGAUUCUGGUCGUUCGGUUGAUGCAAACAGAUUGAGGAUAUUGGCGUCGAGGAAAGGGUUUGUGGCCGAUGAGACGACGUACUAUGUUUUGGUUUCGGGGUUCACGAGAGAAGGGAGGAGAAUGGAAGGAGAGGUUUUGGUGAACGAGAUGUUGGAUAAAGACUUGUUGCCUGAUAUCUUUACGUAUAACAAGUUGAUGGAUGGCUUGUCACGCGCCGCCGCCGGGAAUUUUCCGAAGAAGCAAGUCCGGUUGUUGUAG